AUGCCUCCCUCACCGGCCGCCACCCUACCUCAUUGCUUAUCCGACCAACCAAGUCACCGACAAACCAUGGUGUCAGCGGAACCGUUCCUUGUUGCUGCUCCUGCUGCCGAUGAAGGCAACAACCGUGGUCCUAGCAUACGAGAAAGGGAGACCAGGAGCUCAAAGGCGCGACUGUUGUCGUCGGUGGUUGUGAAGAUCAAUGAGAUUGCAAUCUCGUUUUCCUCCGGUGCCACCACUGUUGAUGAGGUUCGCCUGCUGCCUUGUGGAUGGAGGAACUCAAGGCGUUUCCUGCUAUCAUCGGUGAAUGGUGGUAUGGUUCAAGGCUCGUGUGUGUUGUGGGUGUGCUGUGGGGGAAGUUCUGUAGAGAAGGGUCGUGCAGAACUACCAGGGCAGCCGACCAUGGUGUCUGUCAUCGCAAUACCGCCGCUGUUGUCGUCGUGUUUAUGCUUCUACCGUCGCCAACCGUCACCAGGAGGGUGGCUGGAUCCGCUUGCAAGCAAGAAAGCAUGUGGGUGUUCGUUUUGUUGUAGUGUGUGUUAUGUGUGUAACUUGUUUGUCUGGAAAACCUAG